AUGGCGACGUUCAAAAAGGCGAAGUUCCUAGCCGCGUUCAUUUUAUCGUCGGCUCUACCACACACCCUAGCCGACAACCAAUACCGCUCCCGACCCGAUCUGGCACCACCCCGUCUCAACAUCACAAUACCCUCGCCAACCAGCAACAGCACAGAAUAUGUUUUCAUCGCCCCAUACUCCGGCGACCUUGAAAAGGCCGGUCCGUACGUCUACCGCAAAGACGGAGACCUCGUCUGGGCGGGUACAGGGUACUACUCCGGUUUCGUGGGAAAUUUCCAUGUCACCAAAUAUCAGGGCAAAGAUGUGCUGCAGGCUUUCCAAGGUACUAUUGAUAGCAGCCACGGAGAGGGCUUUGGUCAGCAUGUGCUCCUUGAUCAGAGCUAUCAACAUGUCGUGACGUCCCUCGCUGGGAAUCAUCGUGUUUCGUCGAUUCAUGAGUUCAAUGUUGUUGAUGGCAAAAGUGCUCUUAUUGAGAUUUUUGGUACGGUCCCUGCCAACCUGACGGCUUAUGGAGGAAACUCGUCGCAGACUUGGCUUGGGAAUGGGAUUUUCCAAGAGGUUGACAUCUCAACCGGAGAGCUCCUCUUUGAAUGGAACGCUCUAAACCACCUCGACCCAGCUGAUAGCCUCGUCCCCCUCGCCUCCACAGCCGCAAACAACGCCCUAACCUCCGCCUCAGCAUGGGACUACUUGCACAUAAACAGCAUCGACAAAGACGAGGAAGGAAACUAUCUCGUCUCAGCUCGACAUUUCAGCACAAUCUACAAAAUAAACGGCACAGACGGCUCCAUAAUCUGGCAACUGGGCGGUAGAAAGCCCAGUUUCUCACUGUCCGGAAACUGGUCAUUCGGCUUCCAGCAUCACGCCCGCUGGAGACCCGAACUCGUGAAACCUGGUUCGAACACGGAAGUCAUUUCCUUCUUCGAUAACUCCGGCAACGGUGCUAUCACUUACAAUGAUGUCUCCAGCGCGCUGGUCGUCGAGAUUAAUUACACAGCCAAGACCGCGAGCAUUCGACGUAAACUCAGUGCGCCGUAUGGGCUUCAAGCGAAGUCGCAGGGCAAUGCACAACUCUUGCCUGAUGGGCGUGUUUUUGUGAAUUGGGGAUCUGAGGGGGCGCUUACUGAGUUUAGCGCCGAUGAUAAGAUCGCUUUCCAUGCUUUUAUCGAGCAGGAUGCUGUGAGUUAUCGUGGGUUUGUGGGGAAUUGGACGGGAUUGCCGGUUGAGACGCCUGCGCUUGUUGCGCUGCGGGAGGGGCCAAAUAAGAUGAAAUUGUAUGUGUCAUGGAACGGGGACACGGAGGCUGUGGCAUGGAGGUUUUUCUAUUCUAGGAGCAAAGGACCGAGUCAAAAGGUUCUUGUUGGGCAAGCGGAGAAAAGAUCGUUCGAGACGGUCUUUACGUGGGAUGCGCCGCGCGUGUUGUCGUCGAAUGCGCGAUUUUUUGCGCAGGCUGUUGGAUGGGAUGGAGCUUUGCUGUCGCAGUCGGCGGUUGUGGGGAGUUCUGUUGAUGUUGGGGUUGUCGGCUAG